CACAGCGGAGCGCAGAGUGAAAAACCAGCGGCCCCGCCAGGCGCCAGGCAGCGACCCCUGCAGCGGUGGACGGCGCGCCGGCCCGGCCCAGCCCGCCCGGCCAUGCCCGCGCUCUGGCUCAGCUGCUGCUUCUGCGUCUGCGUCUUGCUCCUGCCUGCCGCCCGGGCCACCUUCAGGAGGGAAGUCUGUGAUUGCAAUGGGAAGUCCCAGCAAUGUGUCUUUGAUCGGGAACUUCACAGGCAGACAGGGCAUGGAUUCCGCUGCCUCAACUGCAAGGACAACACUGGUGGCAUUCACUGCGAGCGGUGCAAGGAAGGAUUCUACAGGCAGAGAGAAAGAGACCGCUGUUUACCCUGCAACUGUAACUCCAAAGGUUCUCUUAGCGCUCGAUGUGACAACUCGGGACGGUGCAGCUGUAAGCCAGGUGUGACAGGAGACAGGUGUGACCGAUGUCUGCCAGGCUUCCACACACUCACUGAUGCCGGGUGCACCCAAGACCAAAGGCUGCUAGACCCCAAGUGUGAUUGUGACCCAGCUGGUGUCUCGGGGCCCUGUGAUUCAGGCCGCUGUGUCUGCAAGCCAGCUGUCACCGGGGAGCGCUGUGAUAGGUGUCGGCCAGGGUACUAUCACCUGGAUGGAGGAAACCCGGAGGGCUGUACCCAGUGUUUUUGCUACGGGCAUUCGGCCAGCUGCCACAGCUCUGGGGACUACAGCGUCCAUAAAAUCACCUCUACCUUCCAUCAGGAUGUUGACGGCUGGAGGGCUGUCCAAAGAAAUGGCUCUCCUGCAAAGCUCCAUUGGUCACAGCGCCACCGGGACGUGUUUAGCUCGGCACGACGAUCGGACCCUGUCUAUUUUGUAGCUCCUGCCAAAUUUCUCGGGAAUCAACAGGUGAGCUAUGGGCAAAGCCUGUCUUUUGACUACCGUGUGGACAGGGGAGGCAGACACCCAUCCGCCCACGACGUGAUCCUGGAAGGUGCUGGUCUCCGGAUCACAGCUCCCUUAAUGCCGCUUGGCAAGACACUGCCUUGUGGGAUCACCAAGACUUACACAUUCAGAUUAAAUGAACAUCCAAGCAGCAACUGGAGCCCCCAGCUGAGUUACUUUGAGUACCGGAGGUUACUGCGGAACCUCACAGCCCUCUGGAUCCGAGCUACCUACGGAGAAUACAGCACUGGGUACCUGGACAACGUGACCCUGAUUUCGGCCCGCCCCAUCUCCGGCGCCCCGGCCCCCUGGGUUGAACAAUGUGUAUGUCCUGUUGGGUACAAGGGGCAGUUCUGCCAGGAUUGUGCUUCUGGCUACAAAAGAGAUUCCCCCAGACUGGGACCCUUUGGCACCUGUAUUCCAUGUAACUGCCAAGGGGGCGGGACCUGCGACCCAGACACAGGGGACUGUUACUCAGGGGAUGAAAGUCCUGACAUCGGGUGCGCCGACUGCCCCCUCGGUUUCUACAAUGAUCCGCACGACCCCCGAAGCUGCAAGCCGUGCCCCUGCCGCAACGGGUUCAGCUGCUCAGUGAUGCCCGAGACAGAGGAGGUCGUGUGCAACAACUGCCCCCUCGGGGUUACUGGUGCCCGCUGCGAACUCUGCGCCGAGGGCUACUUCGGAGACCCCUUUGGGGAACGUGGCCCAUUGAGGUCUUGUCAGCCCUGUCAGUGUAACAACAACGUGGACCCCAGCGCCUCCGGGAACUGUGACCGCCUGACGGGCAGGUGUCUCAAGUGCAUCCACAACACAGCCGGCGCCCACUGCGAACAGUGCAAAGCAGGCUACUUCGGGGACCCCUUGGCUCCCAACCCAGCAGACAAGUGUCGAGCUUGCAACUGUAACCCAAUGGGCUCUGAGCCUGUGGAGUGUCGAAGCGAUGGCAGCUGCGUCUGUAAGCCAGGAUAUGGUGGCCUCAACUGUGAGCACGCAGCAUUAACCAGCUGUCCAGCUUGCUAUGAUCAAGUGAAGAUUCAGAUGGAUCAGUUUGCGCAGCAGCUCCAGAGCCUGGAGGACCUGGUUUCGAAGGCUCAGGGCGGAGGAGGAGGAGCACCCAACGCGGAGCUGGAAGGCAGGAUGCAGCAGGCUGAGCAGGCCCUUCGGGACAUGCUGAGAGAAGCCCAGAUUUCAGAAGGGGCCAUGCGGUCUCUCAGCCUCCGGUUGGCCAAGGCAAGGAGCCAAGAAAAUAGCUACCGGAACCGCCUGGAUGAGCUCAAGAUGACUGUGGAGAGGUUUCAGGCCCUGGGCAGUCAGUAUCAGAAUCGAGUUCAGGACACCCGGAGGCUCAUCACUCAGCUGCGCCUGAGCGUGGAGGAGAGCAGGUCUUCUCUGCACAACACGAACAUCCCUUCCUCAGACCACUACGUGGGACCAAAUGACUUUAAAAGUCUGGCUCAGGAGGCCAUGAGAUUGGCAACCAGCCAUGAGGAGUCAGCCAGGAACAUGGAACAACUGGCAAGGGAAACCGAAGAUUAUUCCAAACAAGCUCUGUCACUGGCGCGCAAGGCUAUUCGGGAAGGAGGCGGCAGUGGCAGCCUGGACGGCUCCGUGGUGCAAGGGCUUGUGGGAAAAUUGGAGAAAACGAAGUCUCUGGCUCAGCAGUUGUCCAGGGAGGCCACUCAGACUGACAUCGAAGCAGAUAAAUCUUAUCAACAUAGUCUCCGCCUUCUCAAUUCCAUGUCUCAGCUCCAGGGAGUCACUGAUCAGUCCUUGCAGGAAGAAGCAAAGAGGAUCAGACAAAAAGCUGAUUCUCUCUCAAGCCUGGUGACGAAGCAUAUGGAUGAAUUCAAGCGUGUGCAAAGCAAUCUGGGAAACUGGGAAGAAGAAACCCGGCAGCUCUUACAGAAUGGAAAAAAUGAGAGACAGCAAUCAGCUCAGCUACUUUCCCGGGCCAACCUUGCUAAAAGCAGAGCCCAAGAAGCACUAAGUAUGGGCAAUGCCACUUUUUAUGAAGUUGAGAACAUCUUAAAGAACCUCAGAGAGUUCGACCUGCAGGUUGGAGACAGAAAAGCAGAAGCCGAAGAGGCCAUGAAGAGACUGUCCUACAUCAGCCAGAAGGUGACCGACGCCAGUGACCAGACUCAGCAAGCAGAGACAGCCCUGGGCAAUGCCGCUGCUGACGCCCAGAAGGCAAAGAACGCAGCCAGGGAGGCCCUCGAGAUCAGCAGCAAGAUAGAACAGGAGAUAGAGAGUCUGAACUUGGAAGCCAAUGUGACAGCAGAUGGAGCCUUGGCCAUGGAGAAGGGACUGGCCACUCUGAAGAGUGAGAUGAGGGAAGUGGAAGGAGAGCUGGCCAGAAAGGAGCGGGAGUUUGACAUGGAUAUGGACGCCGUACAGAUGGUGGUUACAGAAGCCCAAGGAGCUAAUAACAGAGCCAAGAAUGCUGGAGUUACGAUCCAAGAUACACUUAACAACUUGGACAGCAUCCUACACCUAAUAGACCAGCCUGGCAGUGUGGAUGAAGAGAGGCUGGUUUCAUUGGAGCAGAAGCUUUUCAGAGCCAAGACUCAGAUCAACAACCAGCUGCGGCCCUUGAUGUCCGAUCUGGAGGAAAGGGCACGUCGCCAGCAAGGCCAACUCCAUUCGCUGGAGACGAGCAUAGAUGGGAUUCUGGCUGAUGUAAAAAACUUGGAGAACAUUCGGGACAACCUGCCCCCAGGCUGCUAUAACACCCAGGCUCUUGAGCAACAGUGAAGCUGCCGUAGUGAUUUCUCAACUGAGGUUCUCGGGACACAGACCUCAGGGCUCAGGAGCUAUCUCAAGUGGGUGGGGUGGGAUGUGGAUGUCUGAACAUGUUGAAAGGCAUGCUCAGGUCAACUGAACCUGAUUCCAUCCCUGAGACCUUGGCCAGACAAAUGUCUUAUUGCACCAAUGUGAUACUAUUUGCUUUCUGAUGCUGGAUAAUGAGGCAAAUAGCAUUGAGUAGGAGACUGAUCAAGGACCUGGAUCCCAAGGGUAGACUGGAUGGAAGGACAAAAUGUACGGGCAGAUGAUUGCCUCAGAAUGGGCGUAAACUGAGUCCUGGAGUGUGGACAAGUGCUGCUGGGUGAUAGCUCAUUCAUUCUUUGAGUAAUGUGACCAAAGGAAAAUAUUUUAUCUUGGCUCAUGCAUAAAAUUCUUCCCAGUGUCAGAACAGAGAGUGAAGUCCAGUCAUACUGUGGCCAGUAAAAUACUAUUGACUCCUAAUGUCCAGUGUUCUUGUUGAUCAGAGUUCCUCCCACUUACCACCCAGUACAUAAGCAUGUACUCCAAGUUCAAGCUAGAAGAGGAGAGCAGUGAUGGAGUGAGGAGCUGCAAGCCUGGCCCAUUUGGAGCAAUGAUGCCUGCCGUGCCCUGCUACCUUCAAGUUCUGGACCUGAGAGUGGCAUCUGUUCUCCUGACGAUGCCACGGUAUCACCCUAUCAGCAUUUCCUACUAGCAAAGCAAACACUGGGAAUUCACUUUUGGGUUCAAAGUAAUAGAAAAAUGUAGCUUGGGCAUUGAAAGAGGUUCAAUAUUAUCUGGAAGAUGUAUUAGUCCUAAUUCAAUCCCACUUCAAACAUUAAAAAUUAUUUGCACCCAUGUGUGUUCUCUCUCUCUUUCUCUCUCUCUCUCUCUCUCUCUCUCUCUCUCUCUCUCUCUCUCUCUCUCAAAGAAUGUUCCUACUCACACUGGAGCUAGAUAAAAGUCACCCUUCCAUCCAUCCAUCCAUCCAUCCAUCCAUCCAUCCUUACGACAUAUAUUUAUUGAGUACCUCCUAUAUGCCAGGGACUGGGGUACAGUGGUGGCAGUCUCUGCCCUCAUAGACUUGAUUGUCUAGUGAGGAAGAUAGACAUUCAAAAAAUAAAUUUAAACUUACAAAUCUGUUUAUCACAAGUGGUGUUUAUUGCAAUCACCCCCUGGUUUGCAACCUCUUUUCUCAACAGGACCUAUGUUGCAAGACACUCCCUUGGGGGCACUUGGGUUUUGGCAAGGCUGGGACGGCUCUGGGUGGUGCACAUGUCUUUGUAUUCCAGCUGUCCCUCUGCCCCUUUCCACAACCUAUUGCAACAGACCAUUGAGUCAUGACAACACCAGUGGGAAUUGCUGGAAAAGCCAGAGGCCCUUCCACCUCGGCUCAAAAGACUUGGGCACUGCCUCACCUCUGUAUUCCUUGGCUUUUCAUGAACAUGUUUUUAAUAAAGAAUAAUUCUUAGA